CCCUCCCCGUCAGUACUGUCCCUCUCUGAUGACGCAGUUCAGUCGGUGUUUACCAUGGCGGCUAUCUGCUAAUUGAUAGCAAAAUGUGUGUUUUAUAGCUGAAGGAACAGUCAUAGUUUUUCUAAAAAGUCAGAAGAUAUUUCUCUCACAAUGAACAAUAGAACCUCUUAUUUUUAUGACCCGGACGUGGGCAACUUUCAUUAUGGUGCUGGACACCCCAUGAAGCCUCACCGUCUGUCCCUGACUCACAGCCUGGUGUUGCACUAUGGACUCUACAAGAAAAUGAUGGUGUUCAAGCCAUACAAAGCAUCUCAGCACGACAUGUGUCGGUUCCACUCUGAGGACUACAUAGACUUCCUGCAGAAGGUCAGCCCCAAUAACAUGCAGGGCUUCACGAAGAGCCUCAACACAUUCAACGUGGGAGACGACUGUCCUGUGUUUCCAGGUCUUUUUGAGUUUUGCUCAAGAUACACUGGAGCCUCUUUACAAGGAGCUACACAGCUCAACCACAAGAUCUGCGACAUUGCCAUCAACUGGGCCGGGGGUUUGCAUCAUGCCAAGAAAUUUGAGGCAUCUGGGUUUUGUUACGUCAAUGACAUCGUCAUCAGUAUACUGGAGCUACUCAAAUACCACCCAAGGGUUCUCUACAUCGACAUAGACAUUCACCAUGGUGACGGCGUACAGGAAGCCUUUUACCUGACUGACCGUGUCAUGACUGUGUCCUUCCACAAAUACGGGAACUACUUUUUUCCAGGAACAGGUGACAUGUAUGAGGUCGGAGCAGAGAGCGGCCGGUACUACUGUCUCAAUGUUCCUCUCAGAGACGGCAUCGAUGACCAGAGCUACAGGCAGCUGUUCCAGCCAGUUAUUAAGCAGGUGGUGGAUUUCUACCAGCCGACCUGCAUCGUUCUACAGUGUGGAGCAGAUUCUCUGGGCUGCGACAGACUCGGCUGCUUCAACCUCAGUAUACGAGGACACGGUGAGUGUGUGGAGUUUGUAAAGAGUUUUAAGAUUCCUCUGUUGGUGCUGGGAGGAGGAGGGUACACGGUGAGGAACGUGGCUCGUUGCUGGACCUUUGAGACUUCUCUGUUAUUGGAUGAAUCCAUCAGUGAUGAGCUGCCUUAUAGCGAGUAUUUUGAGUACUUUGCUCCAGACUUCACGCUGCAUCCUGAUGUCAGCACCAGGAUAGAAAACCAGAACUCCCGACAGUACUUGGAGCAGAUCCGUCAGACGGUGUUCGAGAACUUGAAGAUGUUGAACCACGCGCCCAGCGUUCAGAUCCACGACGUUCCCUCUGACAUUCUGAGCUACGAACGCACCGACGAGCCCGACCCUGACGAGAGGGGAGGCGAGGAAAACUACACCAGGCCGGAGGCAGCCAAUGAGUUCUACGAUGGUGACCACGACAACGACAAAGAGAGUGACGUAGAAAUUUGACCUAUGCAGAGGAAAGGAGCGGAGCUAUUCCUUACAGUGUUCUGUUUCAUCGUCUCCAAACAUCACUGCAGCUUUAACAGAACCUCAAAUAUUUCUGAAAGGACUGAAAAGACUCAAGCUCUGCUCUUUUCACUCAGUAGGUUGUUUGUAAAAGUCCUCAACCAGCCGCCCUGCACACCGACGUCUCGGUUGUUCCAACAGCGUAACUCAUCAGAACACCGGAGCACCAGAGCCUUGUUUAUAAUGUCAGUGCACACAGCAGUAUUCCCUUUUCUUAUUGGGGUCGUCAACUACUGUUACAGAGUCCAGAUUACACAAACUGUAAUAAUGCUGGCCACUGAAUCAUACAUACUGUAAUGUAAAAGAUUACAGGAUCUGAUGUCCCUUCUUUUGAAUUUACAAGCACCAUCCUCUGUUAUCAGGACUCAAAACACAUAUUUUAGGUUUUGAUAAUAGCAUUUUGUUUCUUAACUUUCCCCCCCACUUAUUAACCUCAUGUUAUCACAGUAAUGAAAUGUAUUUGACUUUUGAAAGAGAAAAAUGUCAUCUGAAACACUUUUUUACAAGUUAUUAAAUCAACUGUUGUGAACUUGUAAGCAGCAGACGUGACAUCAAAUGGCCUCAAGAACAAUGUUUUGAGCAUCCAAAAAUGUCAACCCCUAAGAUUUAAGAGCAGUGUGACAUGUGAAGGCACUGGAUGGAAAAACACACCAGGUGUUAGGAGUUAUUUCUUCUUACGAGACACGUGUCCAAGUGCCUGCCACGAUAUGUUGGUCACACAUUAGCCCCUUCAGAUGAGACAGAAUCUCAAAAAGACUACUUAUUUUACAGUCCUUGUGCAGUUGUCAGAAUGUUUUUUAAAUGAAUCCUAGCAUUGUCCAUUAUUCUUACAGCUCUGAAAAGUCAAGCAUUGUUGUAGAGCCGGUCACUUCAUCAACAUCCCGUUUAACUUGACAUGGAUUUGGAUUGGAACAUCAGCAACUGGACUUCUUCUUUUCAUUCCUUUUUUUUCUCCUGAAGUCUCUGCUCAUUACUGUGUGUAUAUAUACACGUAUAAAUGUAUGAACUGUGAGUGUGUUCAUGAUGUAGAGGACUGUGGCGAUGAGGCUGGUAGUUUGCUUUUGAAACAUUUUGUACAGAAGCAGAAAUCUGUUCUAUCCGCCCCACCUCCGCUCAUCUUUUAACCAGAAACAGGUUUAUUGUACUUUUUUGAUAUUGUUGUCAACUUUUGCUUUUAAUAAAAAAAAAAAAAUUGUAUCAAA